UAGGUUUAGGGACCUUUUCUGACCAUAAACGGAUCUGCACCAUUUUUUGUUUCCGCAGUGAUUGCAGUGUCUACUAAAACGCGAUUCCCAAUUCGGCCACACCAACCAAACACAUACCCUCAUUUUCUCAGUCUGCCUUGUCGUCGUCUGCAAUGUCAAAGAGACCCACGCCCCCCUCUGGCGAUGGCGCACUCGUCAAGAGGUCCCGCUCAGAUUCACCUCCACGAAAUGAAAUGGUCAUCUCCACCUCGGGGGACGAUCGUCAAAAAGGGUUGGUCCGUAGUGUAAAACGGACAAGUAACCUCGAAGCUCCCAUUAUCAGUCUGAGCGGCGCACACUCUGGCGAAAUUGUGAGCUGUAGAUUCGACCCCACAGGACAGAACAUUGCUGCAUGUUCGGCGGAUAGGAGCGUCUCUUUCUGGAGGACUUAUCCUCCCAACACGAACUAUGGUCUCCUGUCGAGUCUCCACAAGGCACCGAUCCUGGACUUGCAGUGGUCGCUAUAUUCGCCGAUUCUUUACACAGUCGGCGCAGACCACAUCUUGAAUAUGGCGAACGUUACCACUGGCCAGCGUAUCAGGAAAAUACGCGCACACCGCGGGAUCAUUAACACUCUCGACCGGACGAUGGCUGGUGGCGCUGGCGUGGAGUUGGUCGCGACAGGUUCCGACGACGGGACGGUUAAGAUAUGGGAGGGCGGUGAGGAAGGCAGAAAGACUAGCGUUGCGGUCUUCGAGAUAGGAUGCCCCGUGACAUCCGUUUGUUGGAGCGCUGAUGGUCAGAACGUGUACAUUGGGGCACUGGACAACGAAAUUCACGUUUAUGAUUUGCGAAAAUGCGAGCAGGUCUACUCGCUCGCGGGUCACACGGAUACACCGACCUCCCUGACACUAUCACCCAACGGGUCGUAUCUCCUCUCGCCGUCAUUCUCAUCGCAAGUUAUCAUUCAUGACGUGCGGCCUUUCUCGCCAGCUCCAUCCCGCAUACACCGUAUCCUUCACGGCGCACCUGCAGGCUUCGAGAACACGCUCUUAAAAGGCGCGUGGAGCAAAGAUGACGGCGGACGGCGUGUCGCUGUCGGUGGCGCAGACAGAAUGGUUUGUAUCUGGGAUGUGGAGAGCGGAAGAGUAUUGUACAAGCUUCCUGGACACAAAGGCACGGUAACAGCUGUCGAUUUCCAUCCGAAGGAGCCAAUCAUCCUUACCGGCAGCAAGGACGGUACGAUGUUAAUGGGAGAACUGAAGCCAGGGGUGGUUAUUUAGGUAUACAGUGACUUUGUACUUCGUUACAUUCUUCCGCAAAGUUGUGACGUUAUUACUUGGAAACCUUGGUACUGAUAUUAAGCCUGCAGUGUAGUCAG